AUGGGAUUUAUAAUGUCUCAAUCUCACACAAGUCUAUUUGUGAAGUAUGAUGGAGUUGAUGUGGUUAUAUUACUACUCUAUGUGGAUUACAUAAUCCUAACUGGUUCUAAUUCAGAGAAGGUGCAAGCAGUCAUUACAGAUCUACGGGAUGUGUUUGACCUUAAAGAUAUAGGCAAACUGUCAUAUUUCUUGGGACUGCAGGUUAAGUACAAAGCAAAUGGGGAUAUAUUCCUCAACCAAUCUAAAUAUGCUAAAGACUUGUUGCACAAAGCAAGUAUGGAUAAUUGUAAGCCGGUGAAUACACCUUGUCGACCACACACUCAGUUUCUUGAUUCAGAAGGAACACCUAUAACUGAUCCUACUUUAUAUCAGAGUUUGGUAGGAGCACUACAAUAUCUUAGAUUUACAAGACCCGAUUUGGCAUAUGUUAUCAAUGCUGCUUGUCAAUAUAUGAACAAUCCCACUGUUGUACACUAUGAUUUGCUCAAAAGGAUUUUGUGCUAUGUGCAAGGCACUAUUAACUAUGGUCUGACUUAUUCAGCUGCAGCAGAUAACUCCCUUAUAGCUUUCUCAGACUCAGAUUGGGCAGCUGAUCCUAAUACUCGAAGAUCAGUCACUGGAUUUGUUGUUUAUUUGGGACAUAAUCUAAUCUCUUGGCAAUCUAAGAAACAAUCUUUAGUUUCAAGAAGCUUAAUUGAAGCCGAGUAUAAAUCCCUUGCUCAUUGUGUUGCUGAUAUUACUUGGAUUCAGAAUCUGUUGCGGGACUUACAUCAGUUUAUGUCUGAACCUCCUCUUAUCCAUUGUGAUAACUUGUGA